CCAUCUCUUUCAUCUAUAAAUGGAUAGGAUAUGUCAAAAAGUAUAAACACGAAACAAAUUCUGAUAUUUUGUUAAAAUGUCCCUUUUAAAUGAUAUCGACUAUAAGUGUGAAGUAAAAACAGAAAUUGUGACUUAUGAAGAAAAAAAGGAAGAAGAACUAUGUAGAUUUUGUGUUCAAAGAGUUACCCAGUACUCUUCAAUUCUCGAGGAAAACCUCCACAAAUCUUUAACCUUAUAUCUUGGAAUAACUGUGGAAGAGACAGACAACUGGCCAAAAGUUAUUUGCAGUAAGUGCUCAGAAACUGUUGCAAUAUGUUUAAAUUUUAUGACAACCGUCCGGAACUCAGAGAUUACUCUCCGGAAUCUGUAUGGGGACCCAAUGGAAAUUGCUGAAGUUGCGAUUGGGAUCAAGCCUGAUAUUGAAAUGAUUGAAGUUAAAGACAUGCCUUCGGAUAAUGAAUCAGUAGAUUGUAAUUUUGAGCAAAAUUUCAGUGAAUCAUCUUGCAAUGCUUUGGCAGAAUCACCAAAGCCAAUGCCUAGAAAACGAGGUAGACCUAGAAAAAAGCCUGUAGAGUCUUCCAUUGAAGAGAUUCAAGAUACAGACAUGAGCAAGACGAUUCCAAAUAAAACCAGAGGGCAGAGCAAGAAAAGAGAUUUUAGUGAAACUCAGGAUGGACCACCUACUCCACCGGAUGCUAAGGAAGCGCCACAGGAUGAAAAUUCAAAGAAAACUCGUCGCAAAUUGAUUGAUUUGAAAGAAGAGGAUGAAAGAAUAAGAAAAUUCUUUAAACUUCAGUGUGAUAUUUGUUCAGAAUCAUUUGAGACUUUUAAGAAGUUUAAAGCUCACACAUUACAUAUUCACAAUGAAGAAGCUUACGUGAUAUGCUGUGACAGGAAGUUGAAAAAUCGUACAAGACUCGUCAAUCAUCUCAACAGUCACAUAAAUCCCAAUGUAUUCAAAUGCACAAAGUGCGAUUCCAAGGGUUUCCUUACGGCCAAUGGAUUGAACUUACACAUAUUGAAUACACAUGCUCCACCAGAAUUACACAAGUACAAAUGCACAAAGUGUCCAAGGACUUUUAUGACAGCAUCUCGCCUCAAGAGCCACCAGAUUUCCCAUUUAGAUGACAAAGAAAAGAAAUUUAAAUGUCCAAAAUGUGAUAAGGCAUUCGCACUGAAUUCCAUCAUGCAGCAGCAUGUACGAAAUUCCCACGAUGGAUACAACAAACAUGUUUGUGAAAUUUGUGCUAAAGUUUUCAAAGCAAAGUACACCUAUCAAAUUCACAUGAAUAACCAUUUGGACGGAGGAGCAGGAAAAUUUUGCUGUCCUACGUGUGGAAAGUUGUUCAAGAGAAAAAGAUUGCUGCAGCUUCAUGUGGAGCGACACAAUGAAUCUGGUGAAAUUUUCAAGUGUAAUAUGUGUGGAAAAGAAGCACCUAACCGAUUUGCUCUCAAACGGCAUAUCCAGUAUAGUCACCUGAAAGUCAGGAAGUACGAAUGCAAUCUGUGCAGCAGUGCUUUUAAAACACCUUUAGGAUUAAAGGAACAUAUGGCCACUCAUUCCUCAAGCCAAGUUUUAUACACCUGCCUCUUCUGCCCCAAACAAUUCAACAGCAAUGCCAAUAAGUACGUUCAUCAGAAGAGGAAACAUCCUGUGGAAUAUGAGGCGAUGAAGCAGAAGAAAAAUUCAUAGGGAGCUGUUCCAGAAAUGAAAUGAUCCGUGAAAUAAUUUAAAAUUGCGAAAUACUUUUAAUUAAAUAAAAUUGAAAGGGGAGAAUAUAACAAG